AUGUGGAAAAAGAUUUUCCGGGAUUGUACGCCUCUGAAAGCGGACGCAAAAGUAAUGAAAGUGAUUUUAGUGAUGGUGCUGACCAUGAAAAACCAAGUAAAAAGGAUUUGUUGGGGGAGACGUAAAGAUAAAAAGGAAUCAAAGAAAGACAGGGGAUAUGCAGCAUUAGAGGGAGAAAGUUCUCCUGAAGAGGACACUGAUACCAAAAGUCCGUCUAAAACAAAGAAGACGAAGUCAUUCAAAUUCCCUUCCAAAAGUAAGGAGAAACGAGAAAAGUCGCGUGAUAAGGAAAAGGUUCAAGAAGACUCGACCAAACAUAAAGAAUUGAAUGAAAAGGAAAAGAAAAAGGAAAAAGAAAGAGAGAAGGAAAGAGAAAAAGAGAAGAAAGAAAAAGAAAAACGCGAAAAGUUGAAAGAAAAGGAUAAAGAAAAAGAAGAAAAGGCCAAGUUCAAAUUAGAAUCGAAAGAAAAACUUAAAGAUGACAAAAAAGAGAAAACAAAGGAAAAAGAAAAAGAGAAGGUAAAAGAUAAAGAUAAAGAAAAAGUGAAGGAAAAGGAGAAGGAUAAAAAGGAUAAGAAACUGAUAAAAGUGCCGUCCACUGUGACAUCAGGAGUGCCUUUUGAAGAGAUUUUCACAUUAGGAGUGGCUCUGCCCAUUUUUGGAGUGCCCCUCCAACAGUCUGUGGAACGUUCGAGAUGCCACGACGAUACGGGACUGCCUCUUGUGGUACGCGAUAGCAUCGAUUUCCUCCAGGCGCACGGUUUGAAAUCCACGCAAAUCUACAGAAUGGAACCAGAUAAGAUCAAACUGCAGCAGCUUCGCAAACUGUUCACCGACCGUGGUCCAACCUACCCUUAUCACUGGGAUGUACCUGUUGCAUGUGCUAUGCUUAAAUCAUUUAUCAGUGAGCUCCCAGAUUCGAUUCUGACUCAAGAGUUGCACGGUCAGUUUGAACAAGCGACCGCCAUAGCGGAACCACAAAGGGAGGCAACGAUGGUAUCUCUGAUCGCCAAGCUGCCAACUUGUAACCAUAACUUGUUGGGUUGGCUGAUGAGGCAUUUCGCUAGCGUCGUGGCUAAUGAACAGGUGAAUCAAGUAAAUAUUCAAACGAUAGCAAACGCGAUGGGGCCCGCACUCAACAUGUCGCUCAAUCUACUCGCAUACCUCAUAACCAAAGCGGAGAAACUAUUUCCCGACGUCAGUCUAACAAAAUACGUACCUCCGUUGCUGUCGAUCCCCGCGGACUUCCCGGAGUCCGCGGCAGAGAUCAGUGCAGAGCUGCGGAAGCAAGAGUCACUGCUCAACCAGAUACACGCCGAAAUGCACGCCGGCUUCAUCACGCCCGCGAGAGAUCAGCAGCUGUGGGAGGCGCAGAGAAUCGUCACGCAGCUGAAGAGAAAGUUACGCUCCGUUCAAAAAUCUGUGGAACCGAACAGCUUGCCCCAACAACCUUCAGUAGAAGAAAAAGUGCCUGAAGACGAACCUACAAGAAAAGACUCGCGAGCUCACGAAACAAUCGACACAGUAAGCACACAACCCAAAGUGGACGCAGAACCAGUUAAAACCCCGGUAACAGACGCUUUCCACGAUACAAAGGAAUCUCCAAAUGUACCUGAUCCAACAUUCCCAGUAGAGUUUGAAGAUGAUUUCAGUUUUCAACCGACAAACAUCAAAGGAACACCAGAACAAGAUACGCCAAACUUUGACCAACCAUUGGAACAACCGAAAGAAAAACCAAAACUUACUGAAAAAGAACUCAAAGUACUAAGACUUGAACUGGAGAACGCAGAGUAUUUGCAAUUGAAAUCUAUAUUGCAAGCAAAGAUCAAUUCGGAACAGUUUGAAAUUGUGAAACUGAGAAGUCACGUUGCAUUAAAGAACAAACAAGAAGGUAACACACAGACAAACAAAGAAACUAAAGAUAUUUACACUCCAGAAGAACAAGAGUUUAGGCAGAGGCUAAUAAAAGAGAACGCUAUGUUAGAACAAAAGAGACUGAGCUUAAUUAAUCAGAUAUUCCAGGAGAGAGUUGCCUGUGUCCAACUCAAAAUUGAGUUGGCAAUGAAAGAGAUUCUUUCUAAAUCGUAG